AUGGAGGACGGCGCCACGUCCCUGCCGCUGAGCCUCCUCCGCAACCGCACGUGGAGCGAGGCGUCCGGCGCGCCGCCGGGCUCCGCUCCGGCCGCGUCCGAGCAGUGGAUGGCCGGCAUGAGCCUGGUGAUGGGGCUGAUCGUCGUGUCCAUCGUCUUCGGGAACAUCCUCGUCAUCGCGGCCAUAGCCAGGACGCAGCGGCUGCAGACCCUCACCAACGUCUUCAUCGUGUCGCUGGCGAGCGCGGACCUCAUCAUGGGGCUGCUGGUGGUGCCGUUCGGCGCUGCGCUCGAGGUGCGCGGCUCGUGGCUCUACGGCGCGUUCUUCUGCGAGUUCUGGAUCUCAGUGGACGUCCUGUGCGUCACGGCCAGCAUAGAAACUCUGUGCGUAAUCGCCAUAGACAGGUACGUGGCCAUCACCUCGCCGUUCCGCUACCAGAGCCUGUUAACCAAAGCUCGCGCCAAGGCGGUGGUGUGCGUGGUGUGGGCCAUCUCUGCGCUGGUCUCCUUCCUGCCCAUCCUCAUGCACUGGUCGCGCGACUCCGUGGACACCGCCUGCUACGAGGACCCGGAGUGUUGCGACUUUGUGACGAACAGGGCGUACGCCAUCUCCUCCUCCAUCAUCUCCUUUUACAUUCCGCUCCUGGUCAUGGUUUUUGUUUACGCGCGUGUUUACAGAGAGGCCAAGCUGCAGCUGAGGAAGAUCGACAAGUGUGAGGGCAGGUUCCACAACACGCUGACCGGACUCACGUCCAAGUGCAAGAAGAGGCCCUCCAAGAUCCUGGCUCUCCGGGAGCAGAAGGCGCUCAAGACUCUGGGCAUCAUCAUGGGCACGUUCACGCUGUGCUGGCUGCCCUUCUUCAUCGUCAACGUGGCGCGCGUGUUCUGCGCAGAGGUGGUGGACAAGAACCUGUUCGUGUUCUUCAACUGGCUGGGCUACGUCAACUCGGCCUUCAACCCCAUCAUUUACUGCCGGAGUCCGGAUUUCAGGAAGGCUUUCAAGAGGCUGUUGUGCUGCCCGAGACAAGCCGACCGCAGGCUGCACGCGAGCUCCUGCGACCUGUCGCGCUGCUCCGGCGGCUUCGUGUCCGCGCUGGAGCCCGGCACCUUGGAGAUGUGGUCUGACUGCGCCGCCUUGGACAACAGCGACAGCAGCCUGGCUGCCAAACUGUCCCACUCUGAAUCACAACUGUGACAUAAAUUCAGAAUAAAAAGUACAUUUAUAAAAAGUUUAGAUGGAAAACUUCAACGUGCAAGGUAAAAAAAAACGCGUUUUU